AUGGGCGACGAAUACCGAGACUCCGCUCGGCAAUGGAGGGUGUACUCUCUUGUGUUACUGAUCUUCCUGACUGCUGUCAUCGUUGGGUUCGCUGUGUUGAUCGUGUAUUAUGAAAUUAUCCGUGUACCGGAAGGCGCCGGACGUUGUCGUCGAAUAAAGCUUAAGGAACAACUUCUACAAGGCGAUCCGGGUCGAGCGCUUUUUCAAGAUCUGACAGAAAGCGAGCUAUCCGCCCUGGAAAAAUAUUUGUAUUCCAACAAAGCGUUUAACCUGAAAACUACCAAAAAAUUCGCACCGAAUUCGAGUUAUUUGUAUAACGUGGAGCUGUUACUACCUAAUAAAUCAUCAGCGUUACUUUACCUGGACCCCGUUAACGAGUCGCCAAGAGAAGCCCGUGUCGUGUUGUUCCGCGGCGACUUGACUCCUGCGGUGGUGGAGGAAUAUGCCGUGGGUCCGCUGAACAGUUUAGAAUAUCAUAGACUUCUAAAGUCAGUGCCUUACAUUUACAGACCGGUAUCGACCAUUGAGACCCGCGCGGUCCGGAAACUGCUGAGACGAGUUGACGUCACACUUAAGUAUGUUUUAGAGGAGAGUUUUGAGGCUAGCUUCUUUGAUUGUGAUCCACAAUGUCUGAUUAUGGAUUACUACACCCCUGUGUCUUCCGCUGUGUCCGGGAAAAACGUGCGCUUGAUGUGGUACUGGACGCAUUACAAGGUCCAACAACCCAUGCUCAACCCUGUUGACUUUUUCAUCUUGUUCAAUUUUGACGGACCAGACCCUACACGGUACCACGUAGAACGGCUGUGGUAUUCAGGACAGGAGUAUAACUCUCCCGAGGAUAUUCUUGAAGCAUACAUAUCAGGAAAUUUGGUAAAAUCCUCGAUCCCAUUCCCGGUGGAUCCACACAAUUCAGUCUCUAACGAUGAAGCAAUACCAACAUUGAGACGUAGUCCAAAAGUGGUGGAACCAGAUGGACAGAGAUACUCAGUGAAUCAGGGAAGGAUUCAGUAUAUGGAGUGGGACUUCCACUUUCGGAUGUCGACGUCCAUCGGACCACAACUGCUGGAUAUCAGACAUAGGAACAAACGAAUUCUGUACGAGCUUAGUCUUCAAGAAAUAGCAGCGUUUUCAUCCGGGUAUCACCCAUGGUUACGUUACUCGAACAUGGUUUACAGUAGUUUAUUUGGGAGGUAUGUUAGGCCACUGAUACCCGCUGUGGACUGUCCCCAACACGCCACUUUUAUCCCAAUCAAAAUGUCCCGAGAGGGCGUGGUGUCUACAGUUACUAUUCCUAGCGCCUUCUGUGUGUUCGAACAGGAUUCUGGUUCCCCACUUCGUGUACAUACCUCAAAUAAUUUUUACUCAGGAUUAUCUGAUAUUUCAUUAACACUGAGAUCUAUCAUAUCUAUACUUGGUAACGAGUUCAUCAUUGAUUUUGUUUUUCGUUUAAACGGAGUGUUACAGACCAGAGCUACAAUUGCAGGUUUUCCAAUGGGAACAUUCUAUGCGCGUCAGGAAUCGCGUUAUGGAUUUCGAUUACGAGAAAAUUUCAUAGCACCAGUGCGACAGUUUUCAUUUCAUUUCAAGGUAGAUUUAGACAUACAUGGCACUAGAAAUCGUUUCCAAACUCUCGAUAUACAAACUCAGGAUGUAAACACGGGUGACUGGUCUGUAAAUGGAGACACAGUUUUUCAACAGUUAAAAAUACGGACUGAUCUCAAAAUGACUGAACAAGAAGGAGCAAUUAAAAACAUUUCAGGAAAAUACUUUUUAUUCCAUAAUGACAAAAUUAAAACUAAAUACAACGACCCUCGUGCUUAUCGAUUACAACUGAUAGGGGACGCACCUGGCCAAUUAUUGUCCCCGGGAACCGGAAAUGAAGCAGCGGUUUCUUGGGCUCGUUAUUGUUUGGCGGUAACAAAGUGUAAACAUACGGAAACUAGCAGUAGUUCUAUUUACUCCAUGUGGGAUUCACAGGAACCAGUGGUCAACUUUCAAAAUUCUAUUGAUGAUAAUGAAAACAUUAUUGAUGAAGAUGUGGUUGCCUGGGUGACACUGAAGACCUACAUGCUUCCAUCGAUGGAAUCACUUCCAGUUUUCCAGACCACAGGAAAUGUGCAGUCUUUUAUUCUGUCACCUUUUAAUUAUUACAAAGAAGAUCCUUCCGGUACAUCGAGAGAUGCAUUGGAUAUAGAAAAUGAUCCAGGUCCAACGACGCACCUUUUAAAACAGAAUUCAACAGAGUAUAUCAAUAUCAGAAACCAUGGUAUUACAAAAUCGUUUAAGUGUUCUACCGAAUACCAUGUUACAGAUGAAAAUAUGCUGACUGAAAAUUAACUACAUUUUUGAAAAUGAUGAGAAACAUUGAAUUCUGACGGUAGCCAUUGUUUAUUUUCUUUUUUGCAUCCAUUUAUACAAAAGUAACUGCAUCUUCUUGUACAAUUGUCACAACUAGCAACAGAAAAUUGUUUGUGUGCACGUAGUUACAGCGUAUUUGUAAAUAACCAAACUCGAUUGAAAAGGUUUUUCAAAGGCAUAAUCAAUGUAUUUUUGUUGUUAGGCGUAAUCAAUGUAUUUUUGGUGUUUAUUUUUCAGAACGGAAGUGUUGUUUAUUUUCAGAUUGAUCAGAUUUACAAUACACUCGUCAAAACUUCCAAUUGGCUCAGAAAUUUUCAAUACGCUUGGUCAAAAUUUUAAUUGCCUCAGAACUUAUGUAAGAAAAAACGCUUUUGGGGCUUUUAUAGAUUUCAAACAAGUCUCUGACUUGUAUUGUAAAAUGGUAUGUGAAGUAAACUUUCAAAGUGCAGCAUCAGUACGUGACAAGUGUUUGAAGUACUGGUAUAUUAAAGAUUACUUUUUCUUUUGUAAUAUCGGAGUCCGCCAGGGAGAAAAUUUAUCUCCAUUUUCAUUUUCUCUGUACAUGUUAAUGAUUUUGAAAAUUUUCUUGCUGAUAAUAUAGUUGAUUUACAAAGCUUUACUACAGCAAUAGAAAAUGAAUUGUGCACGUAUUUGAAACUUUUAAUACUUUUGAAUGCUGAUAAUACUGUAUAGUUUUAGCAGAAACUAUCGAUGAUCAGCAGAAUGCUUUGAAUGUGUAUCACGAUUGUACGAAGUGGAAACUGAAAGUUGAUGGCAAAAUUAAAAUAUUGAUCCCCCCAGCGUUCUAUGUAUAUAAGAACGGUUUUUAUUGCAAUAAUAUGAGCUUAGAAAAUGUUAAAGAGUUUAAAGAUAUUGGUAUUAUUUUUUCCCCUAGAUCAGGAUCCUUUUCAGCUCACCUAAGGCAAAGGCUCAGAUGAGCUUUUCUGAUCGAAAUUUGUCCAGCGUCUGUUGUCGUUAACUUUUCACAUUUUCAUCUUCUUUUCCAGAACGAUUUAGCCAAUUUCAUUCAAACGUGGUACGUAUCAUCCCUGAGUAGGGGAGAUUCAAGUUUAUUUAAGGUAAUUCCACUCCUCUAGAAUUAUAGGUUCAAUCUUAUAUUUGAGUGUUGAUUCUUCAAAUAAUAUGUCUUAGUAACAAAUAAAAAUGAUAAAA